GAACAGAGAGGAAGAGAGGAACUUAUAAGUCACCACCGUGACAAAUCCUUCACAUCUGGAUCUUUAAAAAUUCAUCAAAGAGUUCAAACUGGAGAGAAACCACACAGCUGCGACCAAUGUGAGAAAACAUUUUUGCGCUGCAGUGCCCUCAAAGCCCAUCAACGCAUUCACAUUGAAGGGGAACUGUCCAGUUUUUUUCAAAGUGGGAAGGAUUUCACCGAGUCAGGGACCUCAAAAAAACAAGAAGUUGACACAGCAGAGAAACUGUUUAGCUGUGAUCAAUGUGAGAAAGCUUUCACCACUUUACGUAGCUUAAAACGUCACCACUGUGUUCACACUGCAGAGAAGUCGCACUGCUGUGACCAAUGUGGGAAAACUUUUUCGCAACGCACGUCCCUUGAAACUCACCAAAGAAUUCACACAGGAGAGAAGCCAUACAGCUGUGAUCAAUGUGGCAAAGCUUUCAUACAGUUAGGUAACUUGAAAACCCAUGAACGCCGUCACACAGGAGAGAAACCGUACAGCUGUGAUCAAUGUGGCAAAGCUUUCACACAGUUAGGUAGCUUGAAAACCCAUGAACGCAGUCACACAGGAGAGAAACCGUACAGCUGUGAUCAAUGUGGCAAAGCUUUCACGCAGUUAGGUAGCUUGAAAACCCAUGAACGCAGUCACACAGGAGAAAAACUGUACAGCUGUGAUCAAUGUGGCAAAGCGUUCACGCAGUCAAAUCACUUGAAAACCCAUCAACGCAGUCACACAGGAGAGAAACCGUAUUGGUGUGAACAAUGUGGCAAAACUUUCACACAGUUAGAUAGCUUGAAAACCCAUCAACGCAGUCACACAGGAGAGAAACCGUACUGGUGUGAACAAUGUGGCAAAGCUUUCACACAGUCAGGUAGCUUGAAAACCCAUCAACGCAGU